AGUGGAGGACGAUGACUGUCUGAAGGAGGACGUAGAGGAGGAUGAAGACCUGGAGUUUGUCGACGCCGAGGAGCUCUGCAGUGGGGGCGUAAAGGCUGGCACCCUCCCCGGGCGCCUCCGCGGUCAGAGUAGCGGAGAGAUGACUGUUUUUAGAAGACAAACAGCAGACUUUUGCCAUGUACCAUACUUACCUCUUGGAAUACAAGGACAAGUGAAAACAUUGGCUUGUUCUAGAGAGCUUACAGCACAGCAGAGUGAGACUGAGUAACGGUUGUAAUUUUUGAUGAAAACACUCAAGAGCAAUGUGACGUGUUUGGACGUUUUCCAGUAACGGGUCCUUGGUGGCGAGUGAAGGUGCAAGUGAAACCGAUGGGAUCAAGGAGCUACCAAGUUCAAGGAUUUCCAUCUUACUUUUUGCAGUCUGAUAUGUCACCACCAAAUCAAAAACAAAUCUGUUCCCUGUUUCUUAAAGACUGUAAUUUCCCCAGUGAUUAUGUGAAUAAAUUUUUAGCAUGGGUAAAUGCUGUAUCAAGCUAUAAAAACCUCAACUUUGAAAAUCUUAGGGAAACAUUAAGAACUUUCCAAAAGGAAACUGGAAGGAAUGGUCAAAAACAGUCUACACAGAAUGAACAGGAAGAGUCUCUACCAGAAAAUGAGAUGUGCCUCCCUUUGGAAAACACAAUUCCAUUUGUAAGUGUAAUGACAGCUUUGCAGUUUCCAAAAGUAAUGGAAUUCCUUCCAGUUCUUCUGCCUCGACACUUUAAACGGCUCGUAAGCUCAGGUUCUAAGGGUGUGUUGGAAGACAUAGAAGACAUGUUAGGGACACAUCCGUGGAAACUUGGAUUUAGUAAAAUAACCUACACAGAACUGAAGCUUUUGCAAUGUGAGGCAAGUUGGAUAUCAUUUUGUCAGUGCCAGUCUCUUCUCCAGUUGAUGAGUGAUUUGGAGAAGAAUGCAUUAAUAAUAUAUUCGAAACUGAGGCACAUAUGUCGAGACCAAGGGCACACGUGCAUUGAAGAAGCUGACUUAACUUCUAAGUUGUCAGACCAUAUGUCCUUCCAAGAGGCUUGGCAGUCUCUGAAGUUUUUGAAGGACAUUGGUGUGGUGACAUACGAGAAGGGGUGUAUCUUUCUUUAUGACCUUUACCAGGCUGAGCGAGGCAUUGCCUCUUCAAUAUGUGACCUGAUGACGAGGCCUCCGUGGCAUUUACAGGUCGAUGUCAAGAGGGUGCUUGCAUUAAUUCACACCACAAAAGCUGAGAAUUCAAGAAGUGACGAGACACUGAAUGGAAGUCAAUGGGAUGAAACAGGUUCAGAAAAUUGUGUGGACGUUCUGGACCCACAGGACGGUGGUGACCAUGUUUGGAAUGAUGGUGAAAAUGAAGUGAACAUAGAAAUAAGUGACGCUCACCUGGAUUGGGGUCAGGUGGCUGCUCUGGAAAUGGUUUGCUCCAAUGCCGUGACGGUCAUCAGUGGGAAAGGCGGUUGUGGGAAGACCACCAUUGUUAGCCAUCUUUUUAAGCAUAUGGAGCAGCUGGAAGAAAAAGAAGUAAAAAAAGCCUGUGAAGAUUUUGAACAAGACCAGGAUGUCCCAGAAGAAUGGCUCACCUUUACCGAGCAAAGCAUCCUGAAGGCAGACAAGGCCAUAGAGGUGUUACUGACAGCACCAACCGGGAAAGCAGCAGGCUUAUUGCGAGAGAAAACUGGUUUUAAUGCUUACACACUGUGUCAGGUCAAUUAUAGCUUUUAUUUAUGGGAGAAAAAAAGCCCGGCCAAGAACCGUCCAUGGAAAUUUUCUUCAGUUAGAGUUCUGGUUGUGGAUGAAGGGAGUUUGGUAUCUGUCAGAAUCUUCAAAUCGGUUUUAAAGUUACUGUGUGAGCACUCCAAACUUUCUAAGCUUAUUAUCCUUGGUGAUAUUAGACAGUUGCCCAGCAUCGAACCUGGUAACUUACUGACAGAUCUUUUUGAGACUCUUAAGUCAAGAAAUUGUGCUAUUGAACUAAAGAAAAACCAUAGAGCAGAAUCUGAGCUAAUUGUGAACAAUGCCACAAGAAUCUCAAGGCGCCAAUUUCCAAUAUUUGAUGCAGAGCUGAAUAUCUCUGAUAAUCCAACACUCCCUGUCUCAAUACGAGAUAAAACAUUUAUUUUUAUCAGACUCCCAGAAGAGGAUGCGAGCUCUCAGUUAUCGAAAAAUGAUCCUCACUUUUAUUUAUAUUCUGCAGUUCAAACCUUACUCAAAGAAAAUGACCUACAAGAUGCACAAACAUCCCAAUUUAUUGCAUUUAGAAGGCAAGACUGUGACGUCAUCAACGCCUGCUGUUGCAAGCACUACACGGGCCACCUAAUCAAAGACCAUCGGAAUAGACUUCAGUUUGGAGUUGGUGAUAAAAUUUGUUGUACCAGGAACGUAUAUCUCUCGGAGUUACUCCCCGAAAAUAACUCUCCCAGUCAGGAAAGUAAUGAACGAGAGGCCAGUGGUGAAGACUUUAAUGGUACUCCUCAUGGUUUUGCUAAAAACAAGCAUGACUUUGAAAGUGAUAUUCGACUCUGCAAUGGAGAAAUAUUUUUUAUAACAAAGGAUGUCACCAAUGUAACUUUUGGAAAGAGAAGAUCUUUGACCAUUAAUAAUGCAGCUGGCUUGGAAGUAACUGUGGACUUUGAUAAACUUAUGAAGUAUUGUCACAUAAAACAUGCAUGGGCAAGAACUAUUCACACUUUCCAGGGCUCCGAGGAGAAGACGGUCGUGUACGUGGUCGGGAGGGCGGGCCGCCAGCACUGGCAGCACGUGUACACCGCCGUGACCAGGGGCCGCUGCAGGGUGUAUGUCAUCGCGGAGGAGUCGCACCUCCGGAGUGCGAUUAUGAGAAACGGGGUUCUCAGAAAAACUCGCUUGAAACAUUUUUUGCAAAACGAGCUCUCUGUGAGCUGUGAGUCUCCGGCAGAUUUUGCCUCCCUGUCGAGGAGCUCUGGAGAGAGCAGAGGCCCGAGCACACAGCCCUCAGCAUCCCCGCUCCCUCCAGUCACAACCACCAGGGUGACAGACAGUGUCCCCGGAAGCGGGGCUUCUGCGGCUGAUGACUGGACGUUCGCCUUCCCUGGAGAAUGGAAAUUAUCUUCAUCCGAUGAAGUGGAUCCGGAGGAAGAUCCAUCAGAGCUUCGUGGGUCCAAAAGAACCUGUGGCCUGAGUGAUGCCGAAAGUCCAAGCAAAAUCCGGAUGGUAGGAGUGAUGUUCUCGUGCGCUCCAGUGCUAAGUGUCACUCACUUCAGUGUGCUUACGCAUGGCUGUGUGUUUUCAGUAGUGUUACAUUGUGCCGUAGCACUUAAAACCAAGUGUUUUCCCACCUCUGUCGCUGUCCUCUCUUCUGUGCCUGGUCGAUCCUAGCACUGUCUGUCACUUGGCUUGAGGCCUGCACUCUAGGCAAUGCCAGUCUGUUGAUGCGAGGGGGCUUGCGGGGAGAAACUGGUCGUCCUGCACCUUCUUUCUACAAAUCUUCCUUAUCCCCCUCCCCUCCCUUUGGUGGGCCACAGCCUCAAUUUAAUUCCCACUUUCCACUGGAGUGGCUGGUGAAUUAUCCAUGAUCUCCCAACGAAGUUCCAAUAGAAGCUUUAGGAUUGCUUUAUGUGCUGGCGAGUAGACUUGUUCCAGUGUCCUCGGGCUUUCAAGGCUGUGACAGAGAGAAGGGGCCAUGGUGGGAGCCCAGAGGAGAACAUGCUAAUGGAACCUGCCAAUGCCAAGCGGAGUUCUAAAGGGAGAAGACGUAUGGCCUCUGACCCCCAUGGCAUGGAGACAGUGAAACAGUUUCUAAGAGGGGCCGGGCAAGCACAGCGUGUGACAUCUUGGCGUAUUAGGCCGUCGUAGAAAUGGGGUAUUGUGGCUGGAACACAGCGUGCAAAUGGAGGUUGAGCUGAGGACCCUGGAAGAGUCGGGAAGACACAAAGCCUCUUCCAAAGAGAUUAGAUAUUUCCCUGAAUGUGAUGGAGAACGCUAGAUGCCUUUUAAGGGCUCUGUGAAUUGGAAUUUAUGACGGUCACUUUGGAGUUCAGCAGAUUAUGUUUUGGGAGGCCAUAGCAGAUGAGCUCCUUACAAAAAGAUGAUUUCAGUAGUUUGAGCAGAAAGAUUAGGUAUCUGAAGUCAGGUAGCGAUGGGGUUGGAGAAGAGAUGCUUGGAGGUAGGGGUGCAUGGGAUUUAAUGGUCAGUUAUGUGUAGGGGGGUUGGGCCUGAGCUGAGUCUCAGGCUUCCAGCUUGGGCAUCCAUGGGGAUCCAGGUACCAUGAAUCAGGAUUGGGAAAAGAGGCUGAGGGACAGGUUUUAUAAGGAAAGUGAUAAAAAUAGGCGUAGUGUAAGAAAAGUUUCUUUUUUUUUUCCUUCUUGGAAGUAAUAGGAUCCCUGCUGAUUCGGGGUGUCGUUCUGUGCUCCACAUCACAGCUCUUCGAUGUGCAAUUUCCAUCUCAGCAAAAUAUCUUUUUCUGAAAUUGAAUGUGUUACCUCUUACAAAGACCCAGGGAUAAUAAGGCAUUUGGCCUGGAACAGAAAAUUCCAAAGAAAGUCAUUUCCUAAAAGUUUCUUGCCUUUUAUUUCUUCGCAUCAGCAUGGAACGGGCAAAUUCUGGUUUCUGUGGUGGCACAAAGAAACAGUGACACUCUGAGCUUGCCAAAGCUUUGAAGCUCUGCAGAAGGUCCAGCACUGGCUGAUGUCACUGUCCAACGGCUCCAGUGUGGGCAAAGUUCUCUAAGUGAAGAGGAUAAGUUUUCUCACAAGGCUUGCCAGAAGCAUGUGACAGCUACAGAAAUCCCUAGAAAUGAGGAAACUAAGAAUUCAAAGCCUCAGGCCUGAUAAAUUAGGGACUUCUGUAUCUAGACUUUCUAGUGCAUUGAGAUGUGUGGUUUCUAAAAGCUCAGUUUCAAUGACCAGGGCUGUCCCCCUACCUUUCCUUCAUACCCACAUGGCUACCUCAGAGCCAAAUCAGCAUUUAAAUUCUGCAGGUACUAAUGACAGAGCCCCUCCUCGAUGAAAGCUUUUGCUUUUCUGUGGGUUAAUAGCUUUGGGUUUUGAAAAAAAAAAGCUUUGAAAGAGAAUAUUGUCCUGAUCCAUUGUUUUUUGGGUUAUUUUUGGCCUCAUGUCCCACCACCAAAAAGGGAAAAACAAAAAUGUCCCUUUAAAUAAAAGCAUAUGUAUAAAUAUUCUAAAAUUUAUCAUAUAAAGCAGUGAUUUCCAGAAUAUUUUGAAAGAAAAUGACAUUUUGUCAUUAAAAAAAUCUAGGAAGGAUGUAAUCAUAAAAUCCCCCCCCAAAAAUAGUUCUUGUAUUAGGGUUCUCCAGUGAAACAGAACCAAUGGGCUCUGUCUAUAUCCCUAUCUAUUUACCCACCUACCUACCUACCUACCUAUCAUCUGUCAUCUAUGUGUUUAGAUUUAUUUAAGGAAUUGGCUCAUAAUUGUGGAGGCUGCCAAGUCCAAAAUCCUGGAGGCCAGGCCAGCAGACUGGAGACCCAAAGAGUUGAUAUUACAGUUUGGGUCCAAAGGCAGGCAGAAUUCUCUUUCUGGGAGGCGGUCACAGUCUCUUUUCUGUUAAGCCCUUCAGUUGAUCCAACGAGGCCCACCCGCAUUAUGGACGGUAACCUGCUUUAUUCAUCAUCUACUGAUUUAAAUGUUUCUCUCUUCUCAAAAUAUGUUCACAGAAACAUCUGGAAUAAUAUUUGACCAAAUAUCUGGGUACCAUGGCUUAGCUAAGUUGACACAUAAAAUUAACCAUUACAGUGCUCUAAAUUGAACAGAUUUACAUUGUGAAAGAUUGACUUAUGCUUAUUUUUCUCAUUUCCCUAUGGUGGCGAAACUUUCUUGUGACCGUACUGGUCCCUUGCCUUGUGCUUGGGGAUCGCUAAUAGUACCAAGGACGCUGGUAUUGUGGUGUCGUGUCUGAGGCUGGCGUCACGGAUGUGCACGCUGUGCAGUCAAUCAUACGGGGCUUUGUGCCGAGAACCACUCCAUACUUGUUUUAAUGUUUUGCAUUUGGCAUCUUGAAGUUCUUACCUUUGAACAAAGGGCCCACAUUUUAAUCUUGAACUGGGCUGCCAAAUUAUGUAGUGUCCACACUGUUAGAAAUUAUAUAUAUGUACUCAUUCAGCAAGAAGUCACUUCUUCCUGCCCGUCCCAGAGCUGGGUGCUGGGGCUACCACAGGGAGCAAAAGUAGACAGGAUCCCACAAGGAGCUGGCGCCUGAUUGCUUGGGUCUGCUCAAAUCUUCCAAGGUGGGGGUUGGGGAAUGUAUUAUGUCUUCCAUAGAAGCAGUCAGAGGGAAGGGAGGUACAUAGGGUAAACUGUAUUUUCACAAAACUAACUUUAUUUUUAUUGCUGUCCUUACAGGUGGAGGAAUCAUCUCCACAAGUGUCUUCCAGAUUUCAGAAUUUGAGACUAAGUCGCUUAACCCCCAGGCAACUUUUCAUAUCCACAAAAAAUCAAGAAACUUAAUUUUAUUUCAGAUUGCUCAAAAGUAAUUAUCUCUCUCUUUUUUUUUUCCUACUCAACACAAAAUGAACAUCAUAGCUUCAAAAUAUCAAGAGAUAAAACAGGAUGUAACUGGAGUUUUAAUUUAAACUGUCCGUGUUAGUAGAUAUUUUAAAUUCAUUUGAUCAGAGAAAACCAUAAUGAUUUCAACAUCUGUUAUCAUGAGAACUGGUAGCACUGGACAUAAAUGCAGGCAAAAUUUGUUAUGUAGUUUUUGGGUUUUUUAAACUCUGUACUUUAGAAAGUGUUCUAUUUUUACAAUAAUGCCUUUAUUGACUGCCAUGAUCAUUGUGGGUGAUCUCUGCCAAUGAUUUGAAGCCAUGGUCAAGAGAAACUGGAAUUACACCUCCGGUGUUAUUGACACACAUUUCAGGACGUUGGGUCUUCUGCCCGUUGAACAGCGUUGCUGCUCGCUCCAUCACUGCUGGCCAGACCCACUUCACCCGGGACUGUUUUCCUGGACGUGACCUUCUGAGUUGGGAGUACUUUUUUUUCCCCUUAAUUGGAGAUAUAAUUGACAUAUAGCACGGUGUACACCGUGUUGAUUUGAUACAUUUACAUAGUCCUAGGAUUACUACUGUUGCAUUAGCUCACACCUCCAUCAUGUCCCAUAAUCAUCAUUUCUUUUAGGAACACGUUGUUUUGAAGAUACUCCACUUGGGAAAAUUAUUUUCUCUCAGAGUGAUUUUUAUUUUUUUUAUGGUUUUAUUUAUUGUUAAACAGUAAAAGAAAAGGUUAAGAAAAAAAUUUACCUGUUAUUCCAAUAUUUGAAAAAAUAGCCUCAGUGAGAUAUACAUACAAUUCACCCAUUUAAAGUGUACAACUCAGUGGCUUUUAGUAGAUUCACAGAGUUGUGCUGGUCCCACCAUAAUGGGUUUUUGAACAUUGUUAUCACUACCACCACCACCCCCCAGGAAACCCUGUAUCUCUUGGUUCUGAUCCCCACAUCCCCUCCAGCCCGAGGCAACUACUAAUUUAUUUUGUCCCUUUUGAUUUGUCUGUUCCAGACAUUUCAUAAAAAUGGAAUCAUACAAUACGUGGUCCUUCGUGACCGACUUCUUUAAUCUAGCAGAAUGAUUUCAGACUUUCCGUUGUGGCACGUAGAGGUGCUUCACCUCUCUCUUUUUAAAGAUUAAAAAAUGUUAUGUACAAA